AUGGUCACCUUACGCAGAAAUGGCCUCCCCUCUUCUUGCGAGCCUUGCCGCAAAUCCAAAUUGCGUUGUGAUCAUCAGUUCCCCGUGUGCGAGAGAUGCAUUCGGACCAAAAAGGCAGACCGGUGUACAUACCGGUUAUCUCCGUCUACAUCUACACCGAGCAGGAAAAGGGUUUCCAAAGCGCCGCUUGUGACCAGCACUCCGGGAAGCAAGCCCGAUGCCACCAUGAUACCGUUAGAGUCAAGUCGACCGGACAGGCCGGCCGCAAAGCGCCGAUUAUCGCAGUGCGAGUCCUUUGGCAUGACUAGUCACUUCGCCCUCUUCCAGGAAAGCACCGACCAUUUGGGUGCUUCACCCCUGUCGUUGCCGCAUCGUGAUCCUGAUGACCCCGUUAUAAGCUCCAGUGCCCUGGCAGUAGAAUCUAAUGAUGUCAGGCAAGGAAGUCACCUGCUCCGGUUAUUGAGAGAUCUGCCAGUAUAUCGCAAGGUGGCAGAAGGUUGGCUCGAGUCUACUGAUGAUGGGGACUUUUUUGGACGCCCCCUAGUGGAGCAGAUCUUCGGAAAUUUGGAGGAAUUCUCAGGCGAACAUUCAUCUCAGUGUGAUUCGAGUGCGUUGACUAUACGGUCUCGAGAAAUCUUUCACAAAUUCUCCGAGCGCAUUCCAUUAUCCCCCUCAAUGACCUUCCAAGAGUACAUGUCGAAAAUGUCUUGCCGAUGGGAGAUUGUUGGUUUGGUCUUUUCCUUCGUUGGUUUAGGGGCUAUGCUAGCCGAAAACUGGGAUUCGAUGUUCGAAGGGAGGCCAAUAAUCCCCCGAAGGGAACUCGCGCAUCUGGCAAUGUCCGCAACAGAAACAUGCCUCCGGUUCUGUAAUGAAGCAGGGGUGCUGAACGAUACCCUCAGCUGGCUCGUCGAGCAACACACAUAUUGCAUGACUCUAAUACACGGUGACCGAGGCCUCAACCAAUCCUCUUCGGAUGCCGCGGAUGACCCUUUCUGGCUGAUACAGAUUCGUCGACGAUUGAUGGGCCAUGCCUUCAGCUGCGAUAAACAGCUAGCCACUUUCCUCGGCAGGCCGCCUCGUAUCAGCUGGAGAUUCUGUAAUAUCUCCCUGCCUCUUGAUCUUGCUUUCUCCGAUAUCAUUGCCCAGCCAGCUGUCCGGGAUAUGGCACUCCGCAACCUAGAUUCCGAUGGCUGGAACACCAAAGAGAGCGACACGCAAGCUAUUUGGCUGAGGGUCGGGCUUAUCAUGGGCCCCGUGCGGGAAAGCAUCUUGGAACUCUCUUUAAGUCAGGAGGUUCGAGAUCUGCCGCAGAGGAUAGAGGAGUUGGUGCAGAGAUCGCAUAGUUGCUGGGCCUCUCUACCCGCGUUUGUUCGCCAAAUCCAAUAUUCUGAGGCUUGUGUACGGGUCGCUGGCCGUAGCCGGACAGUAUUCCUUGGGCAACUACACCUGGACUAUAUGUACAAUCAGUUCUUGCUAUAUCUCAUUCUUUCAAAGCGCUCCAAUAUUUGGUCCGCGGACCUCAUUCAAGUCUCGCAUGAGAUCCUGAGUGCAAUUCUUAGACAAAUCGACAACCGCGUCAAAGCCAUGACGUUAGGGCCGGAACUUUCGUGGAUAAUGUCCUUCUUCGGUCUCCCUGUCGCCGGCGUCCUGUCCAUUGAACUCGUCCGUCGCAUUCCUUCUCUUUCCAUGGAUAUACAAAACACCCCGAUCAAUCCGACGGGCUUUUCUUUCCUCGUUCUAGGGUCAUCCAGGAUCUCACAGGCCCGCGGCGCCAUUCUACGUGUCUUGGAUGUUGUGCUUUCGCCUGAGGCCAGCGCCCCCAUCUACCAAGACGUAGAAGCCACAGGAUCUAACUCGGUUACUCCGAAUCCUUUCGACGGCCUUGACAGUCUUCUCGAUUAUAGCUACUACAUUAAUCGUCUCGACAACUGGCAAUUCGAGCUACAAAAUAGUUUGGAAAUGCUCUAG